AUGUCUCAACAACCGUCUCAAUCAUGGAAUUAUCAACAAUACGAAGAAUCAGGACAACGACAGCAGCAACGUCACACUGCCUCAUCUGUGACUGAUCAAGCAUACUAUUGGGAUGGCUCAAAGUAUGUGUAUUAUCAAAAUUUACAAGCAGGGCUACAGUUUCGACAAGGCCAAUCAUUGCUCAACCAUUCACGAUUACCCACUGGUAUGUUUACCUCUGGUGGUCUGCCAACGGAUUCUAUUUCGCAAUCAACAAACGUACCACAAAUGCCAACAUAUAUAGGCAAUCCGAGUCAGCAACCGAGCGACGUUCUGCUUCCGCAACAAAACCUGUUUACACAGCAGCAGCAAUAUCAACAACAAUCGUUGUCCCAGUAUUCGAGACAGCCGACGCAAUCUCAACGGGAACUGGUUCGACAGAAUUCGGUCCAAAAUAUGGUUGGAGUCGUUCCGGUCGAACCAUUAGAUUAUACUCAAUCGCAGAUCUAUCCAACAGAGAUUAUUCCACAUCUAUUUUCGUCACAAUCAAACAUUCAGCAAACAUCCCUACUAGAAGACAACGUCGGUCAAUUGGGGAAUGGGCGUUUACGUCAAUUUUCUCGGAUGGAAACCGAUGAGCAAUCUACGCAAUCUAUAGCUAUUG